AUGCAGAUGCAGGUCCUUUCUCUUGGCAUGACAAGAACAGCUUCCGCCUCCAUCACCCAGGCUCUCACCAUAUUGGGUUACAAGAACGUACAUCACGGCAUCCAAGCCAUCAGCAACCCCAAUGAUUGGGAGACCUUCUCGCGCGCAAGCGACGCCUUCUUUCCUACACUGCCAACGUAUAAUGGGAAACCGUUUGGGAGGUCAGACUGGGACAGAGUCUUUGGGCAGUGCGAGGGCGUCACGGACAUGGGCUCGUUCUUUGCGCUUCCGCUAAUCGACGCAUACCCCGACGCCAAGGUCAUCCUGGUGGAGCGAGACAUAGAGAGUUGGUAUGCUAGCAUGGAGGAGGCCAUCUUCAGCACGACAUGGGGCUGGCGCGCGGACCUCAUCAUCAAUGUGUUUGGCCGCUUGAUGGGCCUGACGGGCGGCCUGACAAUCCGCAAGAUCAUGCUGGGCUACUAUGAGGCGCGCAACGUGAGCGAGAUGCGCUCCAAGGCGAGAGACAGGUACCGCCGCCACUACGCCGAGAUCCGGGCAUCGGUUCCCGCCGACCGGCUGCUGGACUACGACGUGAAAACGGGAUGGGAGCCGCUGUGCGCGUUCCUCGGCAAGCCCGUGCCUGACGUGCCGUUCCCGCAGGCCAACAAGAGGAAAGAGCACGUUGCGAGAGUCAGGGCCAAGCAAGACAUGUUCCUCAAGGCAAUGGGGAAGCGGACUUUCCGGAUGGCGAUGCCGUGGAUUCUGGCCUCGAGUGCUGUGGCUGUCGGGAUAUGGUCUUAUCAGAACCAGGAGCGCGUAGCCAUGCUGCUUGCAGGCUUUGAGGCCUGGGUCCGCACGCUGAAGCCAGCGUGGAAAUAG